UGCGGGUGACGUGCGGCCGCCAUCUUCCAGUCCCGGGUAGCCAGCGCCAGUCGGAGCCAGCGCGAGCCGCCGCCGCUGUCACUGCCUCUGCCAAGUCCUCUGCCCGCUACCCCCGCCAUGUCGGCUACCGCUGCCACCGUCCCGCCUGCCGCCCCGGCCGGCGAGGGUGGCCCCCCUGCACCUCCUCCAAAUCUUACCAGUAACAGGAGACUGCAGCAGACCCAGGCCCAGGUGGAUGAGGUGGUGGACAUCAUGAGGGUGAAUGUGGACAAGGUCCUGGAGCGGGACCAGAAGCUAUCGGAACUGGAUGAUCGCGCAGAUGCCCUCCAGGCAGGGGCCUCCCAGUUUGAAACAAGUGCAGCCAAGCUCAAGCGCAAAUACUGGUGGAAAAACCUCAAGAUGAUGAUCAUCUUGGGAGUGAUUUGCGCCAUCAUCCUCAUCAUCAUCAUCGGUGAGUGGGGCAGGAGUGGCCAGGGCCCUUUCCCUGGAGAAGUAGAGGGUUUCCCUGUGGAGUCGGGGCUUUGAAGGUCAUUGACCUAGUUUUUACUCUUCUACCAAAACACAUUUUGCUGCUAUUGGCAGUUCUGACUCACGUAGAGCCCCAAACUUGAGUGUUAUAGCCUUAUUUUCCCUUGUUAUGGGUAGUUCUGGGUAAGAUUUUGGGGAUAGGAAUACUGGGUGGUCCCUGGUGCUUUUCUAGGAACCCUUUGAGCCUAAAAGCUCAGUCUGGGAUUUCUAAAACUGGAGAGUAGAAGACAGAUCAGGCUGAGGGUCUUGAACUCCAAUCACAGGAUACACUUACUCCACUAUUUGAAAGCUAUCGUCACAUGCCAGUGCCUUAAAGGUUUGAUACCCCUUUGUGCAAUCGUGGCGUUUAAGGGAUCUCAAUACCCACUUGUGCAGUCCCUUUGAAGAAACUGAGGCAGAGAGGGAAGGGAUGUCAGUGGGGGACUGGGGAGGUUUGGAACAGGGCCAGGCCUGAUACACUGCUUUCUUUCUCUUCCUC